CUCUUGCAGCUACCAAUAGCUAGCGUUCUAAAGGCCUGUCCACACUAGACACUCAAUGCUCAUUGAAAAACUGAAUUGAGUGUGUCCACACCCUCGAAUUACAACUGCUUUGACCCAAUCCACCUCUGGAGGUGGAUUGAAUGCGCAUUGCACAGGAUUCGCGUGCGUUAUUUAGAAAUGUAUCAAUGAAUUUUUAUGCAGCCUUGCAGGUGCAGGUGCUCUAGCUAGCUAUAGAUCUACUAGAUUAGGCAGACAUGGCCAUGGAGAUGUAGCAGAAGAGGAAGAGCAGUGCUUGUGGUUGGGACAGCGAGGCUACACGCACUCUCAUUAAUAUAUGGGGCCAAACAGAUGUCCAGAGCAAGCUAGACUCUGUAAAGAGGAACAGAGACAUCUUCCUGAAAGUAUCUAGAGAUCUCCAACACCUUGGAUACAACAGGAGCAGUGUAGAACUAAAUAAAGAACCUCACCCAAAAGUAUAGAAAGGUACAAUAGUAUAGGCUAUAAUAUAAUUAUAGCUAAUAAUAAUAUGCCUAAUAAUAAUAUGCAGGUUAAAGACAGUAAUCGAGUCACUGGUCAGGGCAGGUCAACCUGCCCUUUUUAUGAGGAAAUUGAUGCCAUCCUUGGCACAAGAGCAGCAUCGACACCUCCAACUUUGUUUGAGAGCAGCAGCAAUACUGACGAUACUGAUGGAUGUGUUGAUUGGAGUGUGUUGCAACCACAACAUUCGCCAGCUGACACUAAAGAUCACCACGGUGAAGAUACAGCAGGUGGAGGGGGAGGAGCUAGUGACGAUCCGGUAAUCGAAUCAGCAGACAAUCGAGGUUCACUUAACCCUAUGCCCACUCCAAUACCUGUUACGGAGAGAAACAAAGCACUAAAAAGAAAACGCUCCACUAAGUCUAGCACUUCUUCAGAGCUUACCACAAUUAUUUGUGAUAUGGAGGAGAAGGCAGAAGAGAGGGAACUAAAGCGAAUGAAGCUGGAGGCAGAGAUAGAAGAAAAAAGGAAGCAAGAGGAACGAAAGCAUGAAGAACGAAUGCAAACCAUGAUGAUGGGUUUCAUGACCCAGAUGAUGAAUAUGGUUAGUCCUCCAUCAUUUCCUCACUCCAGCACCAGCUAUUUACCACCUUCAUAUCCACCACCAUCUCCAACUUACGACCCAUCUCAAACCUUUCCCCCUAUCAGUGAUUAUCCCCCUACUACUGACCCUUAACUUGUUGUUGCAUUAACCAAUCAGUUAUAAUUAUAUCCAUACCAUACUUAACAUCACGGCUUCACUUAUAAACAUGCAGUCAACGUUAUUAUUAUAGUGUUAAACCUUAUUAUAGUGUUAAACACAAUCAUGUAUGACAGUUACUCAAUGUUGAACUGAUGAACGUAUAAUUAUAUAUAAUUAUAGUGAUCAUAAUAAUUAGAUGAAUGGUGAACAUGUGAUAUACUUAAUAGCUUUUAUAACAGAAAGAUUACAUUGAUAGAUGCUUCGUUAUUGCUUCUCGGAUGAUAGAUGAAUCGAGUGUACCAGGAGUGGGAUGUGAUGACGACGAGAACAUACUACAAGGUUCCUCGUGAUGCGUCCAUUCCUCUACACCAUACAUUUCACAAAUAUUAUGUAGAACGAUACAAGAAGCAACA